AUGGCACCUCCAGUACCUGUUUAUACCAUAUCAGAAGUACGAAAACAAUACAAAGAUCAAUUAGAGAAUCCUCAGAAAUAUAGAUGUCAAUUGAGAUCUAUAACUCAACAUGAAUGUACAUUUAGACCCACAACUAUUAGAAAUGAAAAUGUGACAUCAGAAAUUAUAUGUUUACCAUUUAAACGAAUUUUCCAACGAUGUUUAGUACCGACUAUAACCAAGACUGCCGAUGGUAAAAAAUUAAGAAUUGAAAAAUGGAUAAAUAUUGAAAUCACUGAUGAUCAAACUAAUCAUGAUUUGGUUGAUCCCGAUAGUAAAUAUGGUAAAGAUGUUCAAGAUUUUUUAAAUGCUGAACGAGAGUUUAAGAAAUUUAUGGAGAUUGAAUCGGAUGGUAAUUUAUAG